AUGUCAGAUGUCAGGAGACAUGCAGAACAUCUCUCGGGAGUGAAAUCGGACAUUGCCGGAACGGCCACACCACAGCGAAGUGGCACAUCCAAUGGCAUGAAGCACGUCGUUCUCAACUGCGCCAACAUCGGUUGCACCUACGGAGAGAAUGUCCUGAAGCGUACAAAGCCUGGUCAGAACAAGUUUGACUGGAAGGGUGUCGAGGAUGCCUACCAGUACUAUGAAGGUGCAGGCUUCACAGUCCACGCCAUCAUUGGUCAGCGGCUGCUGAGUCAGGUGGGUGGGCGCGACAAGAUCUCGCAGAAGUUAGAGUCCGCGCUGGUGGUCAUCCCAUCGCGAGAUGGGCUCCCAGACAUCGAUGAUUACUCGACGAUAUUGGAGGCUUACAAGUGGAAGUGCUCCUAUGUCGACAACGACAACUACCGCAACUGGGGGGCACGGAUGAAGGGCCGGCCGGAAGUGGCGAGGUGGUACGGGGAGAACAAGCGACAGCUCCACGUCUCCUAUUACUUUGACCGGUUUGGGAAAUUUACACCUCUCGACGGUGCUGCACCGGGAACUGCAGAGCCUUCUCGCAAAGAUCCGACGCCGAAUCCUCCCGCUACGGCAGCCUCGCAUCCUGUGCAAGAGCUGCCAGCAUUGUCGAGCUCGACUUCCGGCUCUUCUCAGACUGUCGCUGCAGGGAAGGGAGCGCCGGCAUCGCAUGGGCUUGGCAGGCGACGGGCGCAAGAAGCUCGAUCGCAGGGCGAAAAGCGUGUUGUUGAGGAGGCACCGGAAGGCAGCGAGCCUCCAGCGAAGCGCCCUCGUGGAGAGCUGGAGGUCAUUCAACUGGGCAGUGAGAUCAUCGCGCCUCCGACCGGCAACCUCAAGUGGAAGGCAUUAGUGCCUGUCCGGGUCUGGCAGCGUCCGCAGGUUGGCGGAUACCAGGAGUGUCUUCGCAUGCUGGAGCCAGGAGCCACCUUCAUUCAAAUCGCGCAGCAGCCGCGCAAAGGGGAGCCUCGGUGGCUGGCCCUCCAUCCACGUGGUUGGGUCGAGGCCAAUGCCGCAGAUGGCACAGCAACUGUUCAACGGCUCGGAAAUGUUGUCCAGCACAGGCGGCGACAUCUGCAUCGCUCAUGUUUCCACAGAGUUGCCAAGAGCUCCCUGCAUUCUCGGAGUACUCGUGCAGGCUUCUGCCAGAGCCGGUAUCCCUGGAUGCGAAAGCUCGCCCUGGAGGCUCUUGCUGUCAUGGACCCGGAGGACCUGGAGCUGCACUCCGACGUGGUCGCUGGCAGGCUGCAGGAUACCGAUGACGACGUUUGCUUCGAGGCGAUACGAACCCUGAAGCGACUGAAGCCGGACGUCUUGGAGAAGCACGCGGCUGUCUUGUCUCGUCUGCUUGCUGACGAGGACUGGAACGUCCGACUCGCUGCUCUGAGUACGCUUUCCAGGUUGGAGCCGUUGCAGCUCAGUCGCUACAGCCAGGCGCUGAAGGAUCGCUGCACGGAUGAUGUGCAUCAGGUGUCAGAGCUUGCCGGCAAGGUUUGGCAAAGGUUCAUGCAGGACCUUCCACGGCUUGUAGUCACUUGCAGUGCGGCACCGAGUUGCCUGCAGCCUGGUACUCUGAGAAUCAGCUGCAUAAGCAUGGCAGGCAACGAUAUGGCAGACCUGUCCAUGCACGAAUCGGCAAACUGUAAAGAGCUGCGCGAGCUCUUGGCCGAAAGGUUACAAGUGCCAGUUGUCCAGCUGAAACUCCUGACGGCUGGCGCUGCUCCGAAGGAGCUGGUGGAUGAUUUGUCUGUUGGCGAGCCUUUGGCCGCACAGGAUGACUCCUGGAUGUACAUACUGAAGAUGCUGCGAUUGUUUGUGGCUUUGGAACUCUCGGAGAACACAGCACUGAGCUUGGAGUCUGGAGGCACGAUGCUGCGCGAUCUGGGCCUCACUCAAUACAGCCCCCUGAGCAUCAAGGCAGCUUUGGAGGGCCUGCGCGAUGACAGGACCUUGCUUCUCCCUUGUGCACGGUACGACAGUAUUGAGGCCAGCUUGCCAAUCUCUGUCGUCAUGUCGACCUCUUUUUCCCUUCUUCGCGAAGAGCUGGAGAACCGGAUCCACUGGAGCACGGAGCUCGUUGGAACUGACGGCGCUGCAUUUCGUGGAAGUCAGCCGGAGGUCUGCCAACUUUUGGAAGAGGGUGCUGAGAUAGAUCAUCGUGAUGGGUCCCGACUCCGUACCCCCUUAAUGUGGGCAGCCUCCGCUGGCAACGUCGCCAUCUGCAACCAAUUGCUUCACCACGGCGCCAACCCAUGCCUGCGUUCAUCAGGCGCCAAGGCUGCCCAACUGGCAGAGGCCAACGGCUACAACGAGCUUGCUGAGAUGCUGGCGAGAGCGGAGAAGGAGUGGAUGGAGCUGGGGACUGUUCAGAGUGCACUGGCGCCGGCUCCAAAGCCGAGGUUCCGACGGCCGCUUGUCGCUGCCGAUUGUGGGCAGGCACUGGCCCUUUCAGUGCUACUUCUGAGUUGGAUAAUUGGCUGGAGCAGCACCAGCUGGUGCACCUCGGCCGUCCUGGCCGGACUGGCGUUGCUAGCCGCAUUUCUGGUGAUACCAGUCAGAAAGCUAGUUGCGACCAACCUGUGUCGUAGGCGGAGCAAGAGUGUAGUGGCUCCCAUGCCUUUCAAGCCCCAUGCAGCGGCGGACGUCGUUGAGGGGAUUGAGGGGCCUUUGCCAUGUAAUUCAGGAUGCAGGCAGUAUCUCAAGUCUGCGAUCUGGGAAAUGUAA